AUGGAGAGCUUCGUCAGCCUCACCGACCGCUGCCAGGGCCGCGACCAACUGUUCCGAGCCACUCAGUACACUUGCAUGUUGCUUAGCUAUUUAAUAGAGAAUCAGGCCGAUAAAAAGAAGCUGCUAAUGAAGCUCAAGCAGUUGGAAUCUAGCAUGAGCUCUGGCCGGAAAAUGUUCAGACUGGGCAACAUGGUACAUGCCUUGGUAGCAGCCAGGAAAACGACACAGCUGCCAGAUGUGGUUCCUCGCCUGUGCCUGACAGCCUCCAACCUGACCCGUGCCCUCUACUUCAUGUGCGACGCGGUGCUGUGGGUGAACAGUGUCGGGCUCCAGCCUGACAUCAAUAAGCCAAAGUGGAAGAUUUGGGCCACCAAGUGCUACUACUUUUCACUCCUGAUGAAUCUAGCCAGGGACUGGUAUGAGAUCUCCUGGAGGCUGGAACAAGCUGUACAGGAAGAAAAGACAAAGGAGAAUUCCUACUGGGACAAACGCGAUGAGGAACUAAACUGUGUGAAAUAUGAUAGUUUGCAUGGUUUUUUUGUCCUGCUCUUUCAGAUACUGAAAAGACAUCCUCCUUUGCUGCUGGACUUGAUGAAGAACCUCUGUGAUCUCUCAGGUCCUUUGGAUACGCUGGGAAUCUACAAGACCAACCCAGGAGUGAUUGGUUUCUGUGGUGUCCUCUCCUCCCUGGUGGGGAUCCUCACAUUAGCAAGCCCACAUCUGAAGCUGAAACAGUGA